AUGACGGCGAAGCGUUCGACUGCGACGAGGACUCGAGGGGCCACACAUGCUCACGCUCAAGCAGGUCCACGGUACCCGCUUGCUCUGGGACAGCAGCUCGAGGACGGCGAGCUCAAAAUCGUGAGGAAGCUCGGCUGGACUGGGAAUUCCAGCGUCCGCUCGAGUUCGAAGCCUUCUACCGGCCAAGCAGCGUUCUUUCAAGUUCCCCUUCCCAGCCCCUCCUUCUCAAGCAACGCAUCAUCGAGCAAACGCUCGUCGCUCUUCACUGCCAUCGCGAAUGCUGGGUCAUGCACACUGGCGAUUGCAUUGGUUUUCGAGUACCUCACCGGCACGGCCCUGUUCCAGCUGUACGAAUCUGGCUCUGUGAGCUUCGACGACGUCCAUCUCCAGCGGCUCGACGAGUUCAUCGGCCCUUUCCUGCCGAGCUCCCUGCAGAAUUUCUUGAAUAAAAGGAAGUUCUAUGACGGUCAAGGCGCGACAUCGAUGUGUCCUCCUGUGAGGUCCGGCAACUGUGCCUUACGCUGCUCCGCAGGGUCGAAGGCAAGCUCAUCGCUUCUUGCACGAUGGAGGCAUGUCUCCGCAAUUACAAAGUACUAG